AUGGCCUUCACUUUCGCUGCCUUUUGCUACAUGCUGUCCCUGGUGCUGUGCGCUGCCCUCAUCUUCUUCGCCAUCUGGCAUAUAAUCGCCUUUGAUGAGCUAAGGACAGACUUCAAGAGCCCAAUAGACCAGUGCAAUCCAGUUCAUGCACGAGAGAGACUAAGAAACAUUGAGCGCAUCUGCUUUCUUCUGCGAAAGCUGGUGCUGCCUGAAUAUUCUAUCCAUAGCCUUUUCUGCAUCAUGUUCUUGUGUGCUCAGGAAUGGCUAACCCUGGGGCUGAAUGUUCCUCUGGUUUUCUAUCACUUUUGGAGGUAUUUCCAUUGCCCAGCGGAUAGUUCAGAGCUUGCAUAUGAUCCACCUGCAGUCAUGAAUGCAGACACCUUGAGUUACUGUCAGAAAGAAGCAUGGUGUAAACUAGCUUUCUAUCUCCUUUCCUUCUUCUACUAUCUUUACUGCAUGAUCUACACUUUAGUGAGCUCUUAA